CCGCAGUCUCUGGUCAUCCCUGUACUGUGUCCGCAGUCUCUGGUCAUCCCUGUACUGUGUCCGCAGUCUCUGGUCAUCCCUGUACUGUGUCCGCAGUCUCUGGUCAUCCCUGUACUGUGUCCGCAGUCUCUGGUCAUCCCUGUACUGUGUCCGCAGUCUCUGGUCAUCCCUGUACUGUUAAUUAGUUUGCACUACUGUACGAGUUGUUUUUUCUAAACCAAAAGCUCGAUAUUCAGGUUUCAUUGCAGUUUUCUGGAAAAUGACAAACUUUUUUUUUUUUUUUUUUUUACACAAAGUUGUCAUUUA